CGGCCACGAUCUUGUUCUGAAAUCUUUAUGAUUCCGGAGCCCAAACUCACCAAACAUAUAUUCGACUUAAUAAAGAUUGUCGUUAAUAGUUAAUAUCGCCAUAAUUUGCGCGUUGUACUGCAGCUCGCGUCGUAGAUAUUUGGUGCUAUACGCGGCGCUUAAUUUCGUCAUACUGGUAUUUAACAGCAGUAUGCCAGGGAGAAACUUUCCCUACGCUAAUAAAGUUUCCUUUUUGACAAAGAAGACUGACCAUAAGUAAUCAUGAACGUUAAUGUGCAGGUGGUUGUUUACGUGGAAGAGAUAACACCAUGCUUCAAGAGAAGUCACGAUGAGAGUAAAUGGAUGCUAUGUAAAAUACGGAAUAGAUUCUGUCACUGAAUCCGAAUCUCCCAAUCGCUAUGAUCCUGUCGUCAUCGGUACCAAGCGCCGACGUCAUAUGCGGAAGAAUGAUAGCAACAAUAUGUUCUUCGAUCGCUCCAGCGAUCACCCUAUCCUGGACGAGUUGCUAUCCACUGAAACAAAGGUCACAAGUGCAUUGACAAGGGAUUCACUGUCAAAAUUGCAACGUCAAGAUGGCGACCAAUGGGAUGCCCGCAUGAGACCUAAACCACGAUUUAAUUUAAGGUUACCGUCUGUUAGCGAGCCCAAGCGCCGUAGGUCGUUGUCAGAUUAUAGCGUAUACCAGCGCAUGGAACUCAUGGACGAGCUUAUAGUUUGUCUGGGUCAAUGUUACCCUCGUUGGAAGCAUCGUCGUUUUGGUUUACAACGUUUUUAUUGUCACAAGUUUAAUAUUUAUUUGAAUUUGGCAGCUACCGAGAAUUAUGUGAAGUUACUAUCUAACCUGUGGGAUGGUUUCGAGAGUAGCGGCGUUGACCGCUGGAUCACCAAUAACAUGUGGCUCCAGCUGUUAACCCAGGAGUACCAGGUCCACACCGCCAAGCAUAACAGUGCAAAUGCCAACCGGAAGUACUCAAACAGCAAACGGGUGGAGGAAGUUCUCCAACAGCUGGAUGAGAUAACCAGUUGCUUCUGUAGCGACAGAUGUGCCAUGGACUUCAUGCGCCAUUCGUCGUACUGGGGAAUUGAUACAACUACAUCCGUUCGCUCGGACAGUAAUUUGGAUGGCGAUAUUAUCGGAGACUGCUUCGCUGCCUCCGCAAACAUAAAAAAGAGCGAGAACGCCCCGAAGAUACCAGCGAUAGUGAGUUUCUACGAGGAACGUGGUAUGAUACAUAAUUUUACACGACCUUAUGAAUAUGGUGUGGAGGUUGUUCCCAUUGACGGCUUCAAGCGCUCGGUUGUGUGCCUCAGCUGCGGGCAUAUAUGUUGGUGUUCCUGCCAGCGUAAGCUGUUUAGAACCCAAAAAUCGCAAAACAGUGCAACUGAAGAUACCAGGGUCACAGGCGUUAAAACAGAUGCUUCGCGACACGAGGUAGUUGAUGGUAGCAUGUUGCAUGACGAUGGCACGGACGAAGAAGAAAUAACAGAUAUGCACGACUUUGUUAAUUCCCUAGAGGAAAAGAAGCAGUCCAUCCACCCGAACAUCGCUCAUACCGCAAUCACAGUAGCACAUUCCCGUCAUCUAACAGGCGGUGUCGUACACUGCUACACAGGUGACGUUGAAGGAGACCAUGAAGAGCAUUGCUCUUAUGGCGACCUGAAGCAUCAGAUACUACGCGCUAGGUCACUCCGAGGCGGUAUCGACGAGUUAUUCGCCGCAAUAUCGCCGAGGAAAGAAGAUACUGCCUUUAUUACGUUGCCAAAUGAACCACUAGAGGCAUGGCGCACAGUGCCCUCGUACCGCAGUUGGAGGCAUUGCUGGUGGCGGCAUGUUGACAUGUCAGCUGUGGACCUGUCUGACAAUAAAGUGAAACCGUUUGUAUCACGCGCUUUAGAGCGCCUUGACGCCCUGGGCAACGUGCGCUACAAUUUGGAAUAUGGCUUCAUCGCAGUUGGGUAUAUACAGAAGAAAUAUCGUAGUGACGCUUACUGGCGGCACUUUUACGUGUCCAAACUAGGGUUGUGGCGGGCCUUUACCAAGGCCGCGGAGUACAACAUACUGGUUUCAAGCCUGCCCUUGGAACUGCAACUGGAUGUCAAGAGCUCAUGUUGGACUGUUUGCAAAUGCCACCAGGGUGAUAUGUUCCGGAAAAGCUUUUCAAUUGUUAAGCGCGGGAUGCUGACGUCCUACAUGAUGGCAGUGGCGUGGUAUGAAAAGCUGCUAAAGGAACUGGGACUAGUUAGCGCCGACGGAUCUGAUAUGGGUGAUGAGUCCGACGUAGGAUUAGACGAAUUUGACGAACGCAAGCUAUUUAAGGGUGAUCUAAAGUCCAUGGGAUUGCCAACCACAGUUGAGCAUUCGUAUUUAUCCGCACGAAAACGAAAGAUAGUCCUUGCCGGUGAACGUAAAUUUGAUAUUGCAAGUGACCGUCGUGCUACGUCGGUUUCCAAGGAACAAUAUAAGAUACGACACAACUUAUGGGUAGCAGAGCUCAGGGAUCUUUUACCAGGGUUGUACAAGGAUCUGCCAAUGCCUGGUGAAAAUACCGGAGGGCAGACCUUACGUAACCUAUUGGCACAGUACCCAGAGUUAAAGGAUUAUGUCAACAUAUCAGUGCGCAACCUUGAGGAGUGUGUCUACACCCUAAAGAUGUACGUAAACAACUCCGCUGAACGUGGUACCAUGGACCUAGUGGAGCCCCUGAUGCAAAUGGUCGACAAGAAGCUGUCUGAAGUCAUACCACAGGUACCGAUGCAGUGGGUAAGCUACCACAAGAUCAGUGAUAGCUGGACAUGCAUACUCGAAUGCAAUGCAUGUAUAUCAUGCCCACCGGUAAAAUGCCUACAUAAAGAAACAUGCACCAAGUUCAAAAGCGGACGCAAGGUUAUAGACCUGCUUUGUAAAAAAUUCGCCCCGUGCUCCGUUAAAUACUCCCAAGAUCCAUUCCACAAUGACAAUGCUGACCGUCGUGAAGCCGAAGAUAACUGCUGCAUCGUUGGGUUUACAGUACAUAAAUUCGGAUUCCAUGGAGCAAAGGCGUUGGCCACGGAGUUCCGUAAACGAUAUAUCCAACUUGUGUACUCAUCGACGAAAUAUGACGGCAGCUUCACCGAAACACUCCUGGGCAUGAUCGCCGAGGAAAUUGGUCUAUUGACUUCCACAGACGCCUAUAUUCUACCCAAACCUAGCACCGACACCAGCGAUAGAGUUAACAUCGAAGCUCUUAGCUGUGGAGUGUGUUCAGCUUUCGGAGACCGUAUGCAGCAUCGCAACGGUACUGUAUUACUCAAGACACUUAUGAAGAGCAAUGUGCCAUACGAACGUUUAUGCGAAGUAUUUGCGUUAGGUCAAAUUGCAAAGGGAAUACUCGAUGGAGCAGACGUGGACAUCAACUUCUGCAACGUCCACAUGGCGUGGGUAGCCUGGUGGAAAGAUUGCAUGGAACAGCGUCGCGUGAUGUUCUAUCGAGUAGAGGACCUGAUAGGCAUAUAUAGCCUGGAAGACGCCCUUAACGAAUUCGACAAGCAUUGGACUGACGCCAUGUCAUCACACGUGGAGCAUACUGCGCGACAGAUGGCGGAUCGUUACCAACUGACACUAGUAUGCCAAUUCGAAGAGGCGUUCCACUACCUCACGGGGUUGCAGAAGAACCUGUACGAUGCAUUCCACACGGCAUUCGCCAUGGCAAUGCGAGCAAUAGUGGAUUCGCGGCAGGAGUUCAAACUGCUUAAGCGGUUAUGCCAGCUGAACCGCAAUGAACCUGGUGACAUAGUUGCCCAGGAGGUCCACGCCCAGUCAUUCGCCUUGACCGAUGCGUUGCUGUUUCCAUUCGGAUCAAUGCAUGAUGAAGGCACACCGCCUCUUUCAGAGACUGAGUAGUGUAUUAAUAUUAGUCCACUAUAGUACUUAUCGUGCGACAGUGUGUGCGUGGC